GACCCACAAUACCCCACAGCGCCCCCACCUUACCCCCCAUGUUACCCCCAAUAAGUGUACCUCGAUACAUCGUAGUAUUACCCCGCCACACCGACGUCUUGAGCUUCUCGUUGCUUUUGCAUCUCACAACUUCAACCUCACUCACUUUCACUCACUAUCACUAUCAUCGCAACACCACAAAGUACGAAAUUCCACAGCAAUGGAGAUAUCUAAUCCCAGGAGAAUUCUGGCUGUAUCCGCAGAAAACCAAGUCGACCAUCUAAGUCGAGUGCUCAAAGGUCAGUCAUGGAAAUAGUCGGCUUUCUUCUUCUUUUUUUUCUUUCUUUUUUCCUUUUUCUUGUUUCCUUUUUCUU